CACGGGCAGCGCCAUCUUUCGAUUCACCGGAAGUCUCCCUAUCCGCGCGCUUGAAUCUUCCGGGGAGGAACACAUUCCACACUUCCACAGAAACAGAGACUGCUGCAACAACACGCUCAGGCUCUAAUGCCCCUUUCAUGGGACCACUAAGAUUGUAACACCGGGUGAAGUUGGCUGUUGACAGUCGACGACGGGAGAUGGAGCUCCAGGAGAAGAGACCCGUGGCCACGUUCACACACGUAGACAGGGACGUUUUCCUGCGAGACGUCUGUCCACAGCGCAGACCGGCCGUGCUGAGAGGCGUGUGUCUCGGGCCUUGCCUGGAGAAGUGGACGACCGAAUAUCUCAGACAGAGGGGAGGAGACAAAGAAGUGAAGAUCCAUGUGUCCACAGUACCACAGAUGGACUUCCUUCACAAGAACUUUGUGUACAAGACUCUGCCAUUCAAUGAAUUUAUGAAAAGGGUAUCUGAGACAAAACACUCUGACUUCUUCCUGUGUGAGGACGAGAGCUAUUAUCUCCGAUCCCUGGGCGAGGACGUCCGGAAGGAGCCUGCUGAUCUGAGCAGACAGUUCCCGGACUUGGCUGACGACUUUCAUAUCCCACACUUCUUUGAACCGGGUCAGUUCUUCUCCAGUGUGUUCCGGAUCAGCUCCUGUGGCCUGCAGCUGUGGACACACUACGACGUGAUGGAUAACCUGCUGGCUCAGGUGACAGGGAGGAAGAGAGUGGUUCUCUACAGCCCCCAGGAUGCAUUGCACCUCUACCUGUCAGGUGAUAAAUCGGAGGUUCUGGACAUCGACGCUCCAGAUCUGAAACGGUUUCCUGACUUUGUGAAGGCAAAGCGGUACGAGUGUGUGCUGGAGCCCGGAGACCUGCUCUUCAUCCCUGCCCUGUGGUUCCACAACACCUCGGCCCUGCAGUUUGGUGUGGGUGUUAACGUGUUCUGGCGUCACCUGCCAGGGGACAGCUAUGACAAAAAGGACCCGUACGGUAAUAAAGACCCGGUGGCUGCGACCCGAGCCCUCCAGGCACUGGAGAGGGCACUGCAUACGCUGGACGAACUUCCAGCAGACUAUCGGGACUUUUACGGUCGUCGAAUGAUUCAGCGCAUCCAGAAGCGAACGUCCUGUGACGGUCUGUCGGACACAGAAGGACUCUGACAGAACGUUACCCAGCAGGCGAACUACCAAACCUGGAUGAGUCCCUCGACAAAUGUAGCGUAACACGUAAAAUAUUUAUGAAGUGACUUUUUGACUAAUGUUAAUGUUGAGGAACCUGUCUUAAAAAUCUUUCUAAUAGGUCAAUAUUAUUUUAGUCUUUAUUCUACAGACUGAAAUAAGCCACAGCCUUUUCUCUGCACAGGUGAAAGUUAUGAAUGAACAUGUGUAGAUAUUUAGGAACAUUUCUUCAAGAGCAGCUUCACUUUCUGACUUUCUUUUGUUUGAUUGCUCUGCACAGAAUCACAUUCUUUAGGAUGUUUUUUGUUUAAUAUUGUAUUAUUUGUAUAAUAUAUCAAUAUAUUAGAAAUUAAAAUAUGAGAAUUUGAGUAUA